GCUUAGUCUGUGACGAAGAUCUGUCAGACAAUGUCACUGAUGUCCAUGAUCUUCUUGGUCGCCGUCGUGGUGAUGUCUUCGACAUCUGCCGAAGAGACGUACACCAACCGUUGGGACAAUGUAGACGUGGACCGGAUAUUGAAGAACGAACGUCUUCUCAGAUCGUACUUCCGGUGUGUCAUGGACCAGGGGAAAUGUUCUCCGGACGCUGCUGAACUUAAGAAAAAUAUCCCAGAAGCUCUAGGAAACGACUGCGCUAAAUGCACACCGAAACAGAAGGCCACUGUUGAUAAGGUUAUGCACUACUUGUUUGAGAAGAGGCAGGAUUUGUUUAAACAGCUGGAGGGGAAAUACGACACCGAAGGAGCUUACCGGAUAAAAUACAAGGACCGCACAGCUGGUAUGCGUUUCGUCCUUUUUCUCGCCGCUGUCCUGGCGGUCGCCGUCGCCUACCCUGAGGAGAAAUACACUACCAAGUAUGACAAUGUCGACCUGGACGACAUCCUCAACAACGAGCGACUGCUGAAGAAGGCGUUCAGUUGUUUGAUGGACGAAUCAGGCUGCACCCCGGACAUCGCUGAGCUCAAGAAGGCACUUCCCGACGCACUUCAGACCGACUGCGCCAAGUGCUCGGACAAGCAGAAGGCCGGAGCCAAGAAGGUGCUCAAGUUCAUCUACGAGAAGAAGCCAGACCACUUCGCCAAGCUGGAGAAGAAGUACGACCCUGAGGGUAUCUACCGUAACAAGUACAAGAGUCUGGCGGAGGCUGAGGGUGUCAAGGUGUAAACUGUUGUUGCUUAAUGUAAAUACUCAAUUUCCUCAAUAAAGUGUUGUUGUUUGAAA